GUGUGUGUGUGUGUGUGUGCGUGUGUGUGUUUUACAAGUCAAAUCUUGUGAGGGAGCUUUUUGCUCCAUUGAACAAUGAGAAAUAAAUCUUUGUGAAUAUGGGGUUGUCAAUUAGCUCCACGUUCCUGAACACACUGUGUAUGUGUAUGUGUAUGUGUGUAUGUGUGUAUGUGUGUGUGUGUGUGUGUGUGUGUGUGUGUGGUUGCCAGCGUGGCUGUUGUACUGAUAGAUCUCAACACAGCCUCUGUUUUCUAUUAGCAGAGUCAACCAGAGGAGAAGUCAACACAACUUCAAGAACCUUGAUAGGACCCCCAGUGUCCUACAAGAUCCCACCAUUUCCUCUCCAGUGAUCUCGUCAGGCGUUGGGGUGGAGGAAGGAAGGUGACCCGUGUCUAGGGUUUUCCUGCAAUUGUUGGCUCAGCAUUACAACAAAGGCCAAAUGACAAAAGCAUUUAGCAAUCUGAAGAGCACUUGGGAAACCAUGACCAGAACACUGUUAUUGCUCCUGUCUGCUCUCUGCUGCUGCCUAGCGGACAAUGUGGAGCUGCGCCGCACUAAGAGAGGGACUCGUUUUUACCGAGGUGAGCCCGACAGGCAGCCAGCCAGACGGACGCUUUUGAUUAUUCAUGUCACGAAGUCUUCACCCUCCUUUGACACCUUCCUACAUUGUGUGGAUGGCGACACGUCAGCGGUGCGUAGUUAUGGGGACACUUGGCUGCGAUGGAGGGGACAGCGCGUGGAGUAUUGCCGUUGUGCGUUGAGAGGACGAGAGCGUUGUCAUAUUGUGCCCGUCAUCAACUGCUACGUGUCUCAGUGCUACAACGGAGGAACCUGCAAGGAGGCCGUGUACACUUCGGACUACAUUUGCCAGUGUCCCCCAGGCUUCAGUGGGGCUCAGUGUGAGAUCAACUCCAAUGAGAGAUGCUUUGUGGGUCAGGGUGAAGGGUACCGCGGCACAUGGAGCAGCAGCCGUUCGGGAGCGGAGUGCAUCAACUGGAACUCCACGUCUCUGAGGGGAAGGAAGUUCACCCUGAGGAAAGCGGACGCCAGCAGCCUUGGACUGGGCAAUCACAACUUCUGCAGGAACCCUGACAACGACAGCAGUCCUUGGUGUUACAUCUAUAAAAACAGUCAGAUCGUCUGGGAGAUGUGUUCCACGCCCAAAUGUCCAGAAGAUAAGAACCAAGAAUGUGUGAAGGGCUCCGGUCAGUCAUACCGAGGCACCACAUCUGUCACGAAGAGCGGCUUUCGCUGCCUCCCGUGGGACUCCCCUGCGGUCAAGCACAAGCACAACACUGCGUGGAGAUCUGAAGCAUUGGAGCAGGGCCUGGGCAGCCACAGCUUCUGCAGGAACCCGGACGGUGACGCAGGUCCGUGGUGUCACACCUACAAGAGAAUGCAGCUGACCUGGGAGCUGUGCGACAUACCUAAAUGCUUGAGACGUCCAUCCGUCACUCUCGGCCCACGUGGCCCCACCACGAACAACAAUCACGGAGCAACAUGUGGCCAGCGCUUAGACAACACCCUGAAUCGCCCGGCGUUCCGCAUGUUUGGGGGCAGAGAGAGCGACAUCACGGAGCAGCCGUGGCAGGCGGCCAUCAACGUUUACCAGCGCCGUCACAGAAAACACUUCCACCGAUGCGGAGGAGUCCUCAUUGACUCCUGUUGGGUCCUGUCUGCUGCACACUGCUUCGAUUACAACGAUAAAGCCGAAAAAUUGGAAGUGAUUUUGGGGAGAACGUUCCGGAAGCAGAAUUCCAGCAGCGAGCAGAUUUUCAAGGUGGAGAAGUACUGGAAUCACGAGAAAUUCGACAACGAAACAUUUGACAAUGACAUCGCACUCUUGAAGCUGAAGACAGACAUUGGCAUCUGUGCCAUACACUCUCCAGAGGUUGUUCCUGCGUGUCUGCCUGAACGUGGGCUGGUGCUGCCCGACUGGACCGAGUGCGAGAUCUCGGGCUACGGAAAAGACUCAGAAUUUGCUGCAGAGUUCUCCGAGCGCGUUAAGAGAGGUUACGUCCGCCUGUGGCCCAAAGAGCGCUGCGUCCCAGACGUGCUGUCCCAACGCCCAAUCACCUCCAACAUGCUGUGCGCAGGUGAUACCCGAGGCCUGGACGACGCCUGCAAGGGAGACUCUGGUGGCCCGCUUGUCUGUCGGAACAAUGACAAGAUGACUCUGAUGGGUGUGAUCAGCUGGGGCGACGGGUGCGGGCAGAAGGAUAAGCCUGGGGUCUACACCCGCGUCACCCAUUACAUCGACUGGAUCAACAGCAAAAUCAAGGCAAACCCCGUCUAAAGGAAGAGAUCCUGCAGAGACACGUUGAUGGAUGAGCAUACCCAUAAACCCAAGUGUGCGAAGCAGCAAACGCAGACAUGUUGAUCAUUGUGAAGAUACACAAGAGAGGUCCACGGGAGUCUUGAUUAUGUUGUCUGUUGAUCGAAAUCCAAACUGAUGGAGGUUUUAAACCAGCAGGACCACGCCAACAGAGGCGCAAGGAUCUCAAUCAUGAGUUUCCAUUCUCGGCGUGCUCAAGUGUUCUGGUUCUUACUGUGUUAAAUGUGAUACGUGGACAAACUACAAACAAACGGACUCUUUCUCAUUCUGGGCCAUCCGGAUCGCGAUAAUACUUUUUUGUCUGUUCACGCAAACGGUGUCUUUGCGCGUUUUCUGAAUAUUUCGUCCACCAAAAAUUGAGAUUCGGGCAGUGAACCUCACCGCCUGACAGGAAAAGGGAAUAUAUAUUCCUCUACUCUUUCUGACUGGCUUUGUGCCGGUUUAUGCAAAUAAGUCCCACGUGGUAGACUUCAGCAGGGCAGUGGCGUUUCUAAUCCUAAAGCACACUCCACUCAACACAGGCAAUUACUUUGCAAUGACUUCUAGAUGUGAGGUCACAUUAUAAAUGUUCUGCAUUUGCUCUUGUUGGGGCUUGAGGGGUUUCAGAUCAAAACACAGAACGUAUCUGCUGGUUCAGAUCGUGCUUGUUUCUUGCAGUUUGAGCUCCUUUCACUCCCCGCUGCCUUAUCGAUGGGAUUAGAUUUGGACCGGUGGAGGUUUUGAGACACAAACCCGCACCACCUUUUUAUUACAAUUUGUUUUUAAAUGAGAUUUCCGGAGCACUUCUCCACCAGACACCUGGGUUGAGCCCAGCAUGUAUAUAACAUGUAUAUUGUCUGAAUAUUACUUUUUAUAUUGCAAAUGACUUGGGGCUGUUCUUUUCUGUUCUACAUUAAAACUGAUUAUUGACUGCAAAA